AGUCACAGCCACAGUACAGGCACAGACCAAGGCACAUGUCGACCACUGCAAUGCUUCGUCAGGUGCAGAGCAACAGAGGUGCGAAUUUUGUUCCUAAUGCGAUGCCAGUUCAGCUGCGUCCGUCUCGUCACCCGUCAAUCAGAGAGCCGGAGUCGCCGCUGUGCAAGUCAUGUAGGGCAGCGCAAGAGGAAACAGUUCGGAAUCGCCAAUGGAAAUGGGCCAAGCAGCUGUUUGUCUAUCUGGCAAGCGAUGCUGAGUGCUCCAGCUAGUUGUAGUCCUCGAAUCACUGAUUGCUCCUCACAGCACUGGCCACUACAAGGCCUUUGUAAUAAUUAUUUUAUCUACUAGUAUCAGGCAGACUGGGUAAACAAGGAAAACAAGACAGUGAGUGCUGCAGGAACUAACUUUGUUACUUGGGUUAUUCAAGUGGAAAGAGCCAGAGCGAAUGAGACCAACACUGCACCAGAGCCUCGCAAUAUCAGCUCGAGGACGUGUUUGAGAUCUUAGUGGUUCAUGGUGAUCUCCUAGGUCUCCUAGAUAAUUGCCGCUGCUAACCAAUAAUUCAAGCAGCCAUUGCAGCCCUUGCGCCACUAGACAUCCUGGCUAACACACCGCACCAUCAUGGCAGUAUGGCGUCGGAUGCAGCAGCAGCCGCACCACCACCAGCCAAGCGUGCACGCUUGCCACCAGGCAUUCAGCAACAGCAUCCCCAUCACCAGCAGCUGCAGCCGGGCAAUGGCUUAGCACAGUGUAGCGCAGCACCACUAUCGCCAUCAUCUCCCCUGUUUCUUGACUCUCAUCACCAGGCUUUUAUUUCGCAUGCUCAGAACGGCGGGAGAAGUCCACAGUGUGUGCUAACAAGAGAAGCAAUGCAGGAUUACUUGAGGACCAGACCGGAUUGCUGUGUGACUAUUCUACAUGCAAAAGUGGCGCAGAAGUCGUACGGGAAUGAGAAGCGGUUCUUUUGCCCACCACCGUGUGUAUACAUGACCGGGGAUUACUGGGCCAGAGAUCAACCCUCCUCAACUAAUGGACUAGCAUCACCACCAGCCACUACAGCUGCUCAAGCAACAGGCUCUGAUAGUCAUGCCAAGACAAAUAACACAGCAGCAGGAGCAGCAGCAGCAGCAGGAGGAGGAGCCGACGAGUCAGCAGCGGACACGGCCAAUGGUGACGACAAGGCCAGCCCGAAGAGCUCCAAACAAGAUGAUGACAACACUGACGGCAAGUCGCAGGAAAAGUCUAAAACGCCACCGCCACCACCUGAAACCGGCUAUCCGCGGUGUUUCAUGGGUAUUCACGAGGGUGAAAAUGGAAUGUCACAGCUGCCCGUCAAUUACAAGGGUUACAGCGUCGCCAAAACACUAUUCAUAUCCGACUCUGACAAGCGCAAGAACUUCCAGCUUGCUGCUAGGUUGAUCUAUGGAGACGGCCACGACUUAGGAUCUUUCUACUCGAACCGAAUAAAGGUCAUCUCAAAACCAUCUAAGAAGAAGCAGUCUGUCAAGAAUGCGGAGUCAGUGUGCAUUGCAUCAGGCACGACCAUUGCACUGUUCAAUCGCCUGCGCUCUCAGACCGUCAGUACCCGCUAUCUGCACGUUCCGCGCAGCCACUUUGAAGCCAGCAGCAACGAAUGGGGUGCCUUCACCAUCCAUCUGCUGCCGGACGAUGAGAAGGAAGAUGAGGAGUUCACGACGUGCGAGGGUUUCAUUCACUAUGGGCACACAGUGAAGCUGGUCUGCACCAAGACUGGUAUAGCGUUACCAAGACUGGUAAUCCGCAAGGUGGACAAACAGGUGGCGCUGGUCGACGCAGAUGAUCCGGUGUCUCAGCUGCACAAGGUUGCAUUCUACAUGAAGGACACCAACCGCAUGUACCUGUGCUUGUCACAGGACCGCAUUAUCCAGUUCAAGGCGACCAAAUAUCAAGAUGAUGACAGUCGUGACUCAAUCAACGAUGGAGCAUGCUGGACAAUUAUCAGUACUGAUGUGAUGCGCUACACCUUCCACGAAGCCAUGGGUCCAGUCUCUGACCCUGUGACACCUGUACCGCGUGUACUGUCUAUGAACAUGACUGGCUGCAACUCUCAGCAGUAUGUCGAACUGAUCGGUGAAGAUUUCCACGACAACAUGACCGUGUGGUUUGCCGAUCUCAUGGUGGACACUUUCUACCGCUGCAGUGAGUGCAUCCUGGCUGUCGUGCCAGAUCCGUGUGCACUGGACCCAAACUAUCCAAACAUGAACGAGUGCCUCAAGGUGCCACUGGUGAUUGUACGAGAGGACGGUGUGGUGUACGACACGGCACGCGAGUACACCUAUCCACCGCCAAUGCCCAACACUGCCGGUGGUGCUGCUGCUGGUCUGGCACCGCCGCCACCGCCCUCGUCCAAUCUCCUCAGCAUGCAGUAUCGACAAGCACCACAGCCACCACCAGCAGCAGCGCCACUCCAGCCAGAGUAUAUGUUACAGGAUCACCACCAGCAGCAUCACCGCCAGCAGCAUCAUCGUCAUCAUGCUGGUGGCGUGGGGCUACCAGCAGCACUGGAUAUAGCAGCUCUGGGUAACAGCACAAUGGCUGCAGCACCACCAACUAGGCCCCUCCAUUAUAUUACCUAAUGAGUUCUAGCUUCUCACACUCCACACACACCCAGGUCAAUCCUGGGAAAUGACCAAUAAAAGACCACCUGAGCAGUUCUAUACCCAUAACAUUCUCCUUUCUUACAAGAUGUCCACAAAAGACAGGAAACAACUACUUUUUCUCAUAUCUUUCUAAAUUUCCUAUUCUAAGGAGCGAUAGCAGCAAAGAAACCUGGUGUACAUUCUCUACACAUUAUAUGUGAAAAAAUAACGUUGAAUAUAAA